GCGGCCGUUACAGAAUGUAGAUGUACUCCGUCAUUCGUAUUCGUUAUGUUGUCUCCUGACGUCUGCCCGUAAUUUUCAGAACAGUAAAGUUUAACAAUGACCAAGUCAGAUGCUUUAGAAUCUGCGAAACAGAUAGCUUGUAACUCAGCUAUUUCUGAUUGGCUUAAAGAUAAUCAGAUUAUUGGACUUGGAAGUGGCACAACAAUCAAAUACGCUGUUGAGUAUAUUGCUGACAAAGUGAAAAAAGAAAACCUACAGAUUCAGUGUAUACCAACUUCAUUUCAGGCCAGACAACUUCUGAUCAACCAUAAAUUGCCAGUGACAGACCUUGAUGUAUGUGAACAGAUUGAUGUAACUUUCGACGGGGCAGAUGAAGUAGAUGAACAUCUUCAUUUAAUCAAAGGCGGCGGUGGCUGUUUACUCCAGGAAAAAAUUGUCGCUUCUUGUACUAAAGAUUUUAUAGCUAUUGUCGAUGAACGGAAACACUCAAAGAAACUAGGUUCAUAUUGGACUAAAGGCUUACCAAUCGAGGUAGUUCCAAUGGCUUUCAAACCGGUACAAACAAGAGUACAGAAAUUAUUUGGUGGACAAGCGAUUCUACGAGAAGCUGUUUCAAAGAUGGGUCCAGUUGUAACAGAUAAUGGAAACUUUUUAUUAGAUUGGAAAUUCGACACAACUAAACAAUAUUAUUGGCCAGAUGUAAAUGUUCAACUGUCACAAAUACCUGGUAUUGUUGAUACUGGCCUGUUUAUCAAUAUGACAAGUAGAAUUUAUAUUGGUAAUUUGAAUGGUACAGUGACUAAAUUGGAAGGGAAAUCAUCUAAUCAACAUACGUUAAACAAUAUCAGUAAUUUCUAAUUGAUUAUAUACCUACCUACCUACCUAUUUGCUAUUGAUUUACUUAUCCUAUUUUGCUCUACUUUCACUCAGGGUUUAAAUUAAUUAUCGUUAUUAUUUUGUUUUUGUAUUGUUUUGUUGUUCUUUUUUCAUAAAUACAAAGAAAAGUACUAUCGUUGUA